AUGGCGGGAGAAAGCCCGAAGAAGGUUUAUGGUCUCAAUGUCAUCUCGCACCUACUUACUUACCUUUACCCUAAGAAACUAGAAACUGUAAACGCCGGUUCCGAGUGGGAACUCGAGAAUGCCAAGUGUAAAGAUAACGCCCAACGCUCUCUUAAAUUCAAUCGGCCUCUUUCCCCACCAGAGAGCACUUUCUCUGCACCUGCCACCAUCUCACAGCGUUCAAUACACACACACUCAAUGGCCACAGACUCCUCCUCGCCGUUAGGCAUGCGCGAGCAACUCCUAAAAACAACUGCGUUAUUCCUGACGUCGUUCAACAAAUUCACACCUGAAUCCGUCGUCGCCCACCGCAGUCCCAAAUGCAUCCACCGGGUCGUCCCCUCAACCAUCAAAGCGCCGCCCCGCAACAACGCCGAAAUCGCUGGGCUCACCGAGCAACUCAAGAGUGUCAUGUCGUCCUUCCGCGUCGAGAUGGUGUCGAAAUUUGAGCCUAUCGUCGACGUGGCCGGUCGCAAGGUGGUGCUGCAUCUGCGAUCGUCGUCCGAGACCAUAGUCGGCGCGUACGACAACGAGUACAUGUGGAGUCUGACCAUGAACGAGACGGGCACGGAGAUUGAUGAGGUGCUUGAGUUUGCGGAUAGUUACUGCACGUUUCAGUGGGCCGCCAAGCUGAAGGACGCGGUCAAGAAUGACGAGGGCGUGGCUAUGUAACGUGGCGAGGGGAUUUGGGGCCAGAUAUCUUGAAUUGUAAUGCGAUGGGAUGGCAAUCUAGGUCACUUGGCCCUGUGUGGAAGGAUUCGUGCUUAUCUUCCCCGCAAAGCUUGGCGUAUGAUACUCAUGCCGGGCAAACAACAGCACGGUUAGGAUGAUUAGACUAAGAACAUUUCACAAUGAGAAUGACAGGGGAGGAAGUAACCAAUUACCGCACCGAGCAGUAGUCGCUCUGCCAUACUGUAACCCCGUAGUUUGAUAUCCAACAAGAUCGCGCAUGAGUGGUAGCAGAUGAUCAGUCGGGGCAUCGUCUGUCAGAACCGAAUUAACGUUCCAUACCCACAUCCGGGAC